CAACAUGCUGCACAGCUUGAUCUGCUGCAAUGAGGCCAACUACGUGCUUCUGUCUCGGUAUUUCCAGCCCGAACUGACCCUGGAAGCUCGCAGGACGUACGAGUCCCAACUGGCACAAAUUUGCAAGCAGGUCCCGAACCUCUGGGGCGAUCGACAUGGCAAGAAAGACGCGGAUCCAACACAGAGUCAACUGGUUGUGUGCGAAACUCAGUUCGUGGUCGUUCGCCAGAUCGGGGAGCUCCGAUUGAUGCUCUCGGGCAACGAGGAGUAUGACGAACUCAUCUUGGACGAGAUCAUGACGGUGCUGCAAGCGGUGUUGACGACUCAAUUGGACAAGAAACUCACCGAGGCCAGUCUGUUGGCGAAUUACGCCAAGGUGGUCGUGGCAUUGGAUGAGAUGGUGCAACAGGGUCACCUAGAGAACGCGGACGAGACUAGCAUUGACCAGAUGAUCAAACUGAAGCCGUACCCGUCAAAGUAGACAAUAAUCAAUCAUACACGCAUGCUCCGUU